CGCUUGCUCGAAAGCUUUCGCCUCUAGGAGCACCCCACGAAAGACUCAUCACUCUCAACCCCACCGGAUUCCCGGUUCUGCACUCUUUCAUCCACAUAAAUCAGUGACAAAUCGCAAAGAUGGUCAAGUCAUCAGAGGGCAUAAAGUCCUAUUACAAAAACAAGAUCGAGGAGCUGGAAACGAAGGCUUCUCAUAUGAGCCAAAAUCUACGCCGUCUCGAAGCGCAGCGUAACCAGUUGAACACAAAAGUCCGUCUUCUACGCGAGGAACUUCAACUUCUGCAAGAACCCGGUUCCUAUGUUGGCGAAGUCGUCAAGCUCAUGGGCAAAACGAAAAUCCUCGUCAAAGUGCAGCCGGAAGGAAAAUACGUUGUAGACAUCAAUCCCUCGAUCGACAUUGCAGAGCUGACCCCAACCGUGCGUGUGGCUUUGAGGCAUGAUAGUUACCAACUGCACAAGAUCCUGCCAAACAAGGUGGAUCCUCUGGUCAGUCUGAUGAUGGUGGAGAAGGUGCCCGACUCGACGUACGAGAUGAUUGGAGGUCUCGAGAACCAGAUCAAAGAGAUUAAGGAGGUCAUCGAGCUUCCCGUGAAACACCCAGAGCUCUUCGACGCGCUCGGUAUUGCACAGCCCAAAGGAGUGCUACUGUACGGGCCUCCAGGGACGGGCAAGACUCUCCUCGCGAGAGCCGUAGCCCACCACACCGACUGUCGAUUUAUCCGAGUCAGCGGUUCCGAAUUGGUGCAAAAGUACAUUGGAGAAGGAAGUCGAAUGGUGCGUGAGCUCUUCGUGAUGGCUCGCGAGCACGCUCCGUCCAUCAUCUUCAUGGACGAAAUCGAUUCCAUCGGAUCUAGCCGUAUCGAGGGCGGAGGCAGCGGCGGAGGCGACUCGGAAGUGCAGCGCACGAUGUUGGAACUGCUGAAUCAGCUUGACGGUUUCGAAGCCACCCAAAGCAUCAAAGUUAUCAUGGCCACCAACCGUAUCGAUAUCCUUGACUCAGCCCUCCUCCGACCCGGCCGUAUCGACAGGAAGAUUGAGUUCCCGCCACCGAACGAAGCGGCGCGAACGGACAUUCUGAAGAUCCACAGCAGGAAAAUGAACAUGACGCGAGGCAUCAACCUGCGGAAGAUUGCUGAGAAGACGGGUGGGGCGAGCGGUGCGGAGGUUAAGGGUAUAUGUACGGAAGCGGGAAUGUACGCUCUUCGUGAGAGGAGGGUGCACGUCACACAGGAGGACUUUGAAAUGGCUGUUGCAAAGGUCCUGAAGAAGGACUCGGAGCAGAACAUGAGUAUCAAGAAGCUGUUCAAGUGAUCCAUGCUACGCCUAGAUGCACAAUGGCUACGCGGCCUAGUUCUCCUAGUGUAUUGCUGCGGCAAGCUUCACCCCGCUGUCUUGUUGAUCAGAAUAAACAUGAAUUGCUGUAUCCUGCUCAAUUUCCCGUUUUCGACGCAUGGCAUAUGCGGCGUGCCCGUCUCGUUAUGCCCUUCAUUUGGAUCAGUUGAACAGGAU